AACUACAAGCUUUGGUUACAAUAUAAAGAACCAUAUUUAUUAUACCGAUAGAGGGCCGAGCUAUGACACAAGGCAACUUGGGUUCCAGAGCUUCAGGCUUCAGCCAUUGAGUCAUACGCAUAACCUCAUUUGGAUCUUCAGGAGAAUCAUAAACACACUCGCCCAGUUCUUCUUGAUCAACGUGACAAAACGCGGUGCUCAGAUGAACAAAGGCCUUUAAUUUUGGAAUCUUCUUAGCGAGUUCCAAAACCGCAGCUGUACCGAUCGCAUUCAUUUCAAUGGCGUCUUUUAGCUUCGCUUCUAACUUGAGUGUUGCAGCAAAGUGGAAAAUUAUAUCAACUUCGUUAAUUAGAAGAUUUUGCUGGGAUUCACUCAACCCGAAAUUUUUUUCAAGAAUGUCACCAGGUAGUACUUUUAUUUUGCUCAGCACGUGAGGUUUAUUCGUCCGAACUCUGUCAAAUACCUGAAACAU